AUGUCUGGCUCCUCCAGCGUCGCCCCUAUGAAGAAAGUGGUUCAACAGCUCUGGCUGGAGGCGGGGCUCAACCGCGUAAAAGUUUCCCAGGCAGCUGCAGACUUGAAACAAUUCUGUCUGCAGAAUGCUCAACAUGACCCUCCACUGACUCGGGUAUCUUCAAGUACAAAUCCCUUCAGACCCCAGAAAGUCUCUUGCCUGGAGCAGGGGGAACUCUGCGGCGGUCCUUUACCCACGCAAGCGGCCACACACUACACACUAACUAAACAUACCCGGAACGUGCAGCAGUGA